AACAAGUACCUGACGGCCGAGACGUUCGGAUUCAAGGUGAAUGCGUCGGCCAGCAGCCUGAAGAAGAAGCAGAUCUGGACGCUGGAGCAGCCGCCAGACGAGGCGGGCAGCGCAGCCGUGUGCCUGCGCAGCCACCUGGGCCGCUACCUGGCGGCGGACAAGGAUGGCAACGUGACCUGCGAACACGAGGUGCCCGGCGCCGACUGCCGCUUUCUCAUCGUGGCGCACGACGACGGCCGCUGGUCGCUGCAGUCCGAGGCUCACCGGCGCUACUUUGGCGGCACCGAGGAUCGCCUGUCGUGCUUCGCUCAGACGGUGUCGCCGGCUGAGAAGUGGAGCGUGCACAUCGCCAUGCACCCGCAGGUCAACAUCUACAGCCUGGCCCGCAAGCGCUACGCUCACCUGAGCUCGCGGCCCGCUGACGAGAUCUCAGUGG